CAAUAAUAAUAGCUUUGCCAUAUUUAAAAUUAGCUGUCAUUCUUUUUUUUAAAUAAAAUGGCAACACAUAAGUAGUCGCCAUUGCUACGUCCAUAUUCGUUCCUAUUCCUUUCGGACAUUCAUUAUUUCUUUGUACAAUAUUGACUUUUUAUUAUUUUUAAGUGUUUUUAGGACACGUUGGACAUUGUGUAGUGUAACUCAUGUGAUUAAUAUUGUUAUUGUCGUGAGUAAAGACUUUUGAUAAGUGUUCAAUACGUUAAAAUCGCGGCCAAUGUCAGCAGGCGUGUCAGAUCAGCGGAUGAAAGGGCAAGGGAACCAAGUGACAAAUGUACCCAAAGAGCAACAGUUAGAAAGUGGAGGUGACGAGUUGCCGGAGGUGUCAUGGCGUCAUCAACAGCAACCAUCUUAUGCACCACCCAUCUCGUCAGCAGCCGACCCCUACAGCGCGGCAGGUUAUUAUGGUACAACUGCUCUUCCUUAUCAGGCCUUUGGAGUUGGAGAUGGAACAUGGUCAACGAACGGGACGGAUCCUAUGACUUUCCUUGGAGGAUACAAUCCUCAUGAUUCGUAUGGCAUGGAUGGUAGUGUCUUUGGACCAUCAACAACGCCAUUUUCAACAGCUGCUUUUGGACCAGCAUCAACUUUUAACUAUUUCCCUGGAAAUGGUGAUUACUCUACUUGGGGUCAAUUAGGUCGUGCGAAGCAGUAUGACGAUUACUAUAGAAAUGACGGACUGUACGUGCCCGAUGGGAUUAAGGCCGUCGAAACCGGUGUACAGGCGCUCUCCCUGGGCGAGCACAAUAAGAACGACAAAGACCGUACACCUGAACUCAAAGACGUUUCAAGUGGACCGCAACCCAAAAAGAUGACUUGGGCUUCGAUCGCGAGUCAGCCGGCUAAGCCCGCUCCGUCUUCGCAGAGCGGCGGGCUGAAGAAGAAGGGGCCGGGAAUGCCUCCUCCGCCGAUAAUACCAGGGAAACAUAAUAUGGAUAUAAGUACGUGGGAUGCGGGUAAGAGCGCGCCAGUGGUGACGGCUCCGCCUCCUCCUCCAUUGCAACCUCCUCAGGUGCCGGCUCCACUGCCAAUGCCUCAGCCGGGGCCCCCGCCCGCCCCUACGCCCCUGCAGCGCGGGCCGCCCCCGCAGCACCAGGCGCCCCCUGCGUGGGCCCACACGCCUCGCGCUGCGCCUCCGCAUCAAUCCCGCCCUUCGCAUCCGGUGCCUCCGAUACCCCCCCAGACUGUUGUCAACGCACCGGCUCCAACUGCUCAUCCUGUUUUAGAAGAAUUGCGAGUCAAAAACGAAUACAAUCCUAAAGAGUUCGAUCUAAGCGCGCCUCUUGCUCGUUUCUUUGUAAUUAAGUCGUACUCGGAAGACGACAUACAUCGAAGCAUCAAAUACGAAAUUUGGUGUAGUACGGAACACGGCAACAAGCGCUUAGACACAGCAUUUCGUGAUCGCGAAAGAGAGGGCGGGGCGGUGUACCUUUUCUUUUCCGUUAACGGCAGUGGUCAUUUCUGCGGAAUGGCGCGUAUGAUUAGUGCCGUCGACUAUAAUUCUAACUCGAAUGUUUGGUCGCAAGAUAAGUGGAAAGGACAAUUUCGUGUUAGGUGGAUAUAUGUUAAGGACGUUCCUAAUGUUCAACUGCGUCAUAUCAAAUUAGAGAACAAUGAGAACAAACCCGUGACAAACUCUCGCGAUACACAAGAAGUUCCACACGCUAAGGGUCUCCAGGUAUUACGUAUUAUGCAUAGUUACUGCCAUUCUACCUCUAUUUUUGACGAUUUUAUUCACUACGAACGUCGUCAAGAAGAGGAAGAUUCUCGCAAAGUGCCCCACCACCCCCCGCAGGACAAUAACCGUGAAGAUCACGAAGGUGGUCGUGGGUACCGUAACUACCGAGACUAUAGGGAUGGACACCGAGACGGACGAGACGGUCGCGACAACCGUGAUCAUCGAGAUGGGCGAGAACCAAGAGAUCAUCGAGAUGUACGCGAUCCGCGUGACUUGCGAGACGCUCGCGACCCUCGAGACCACAGGGAAGAUCGAGACGGACGUGACAAUCGAGAUCAUGGUUAUCGCGAACGCGACUCAGGUUAUAAUAGAUCACAUCAUAAGGAUCGUGAUGGUUCCCGUGGACGUGGCAGGGCUCGUAAUUGAUCGAUUAUGUGUGAGAACUAUUUGAGGACUGGCUUCUCUCCAUAGACACCUAGUACUCAAGUAAACAAUUGGUACUGCAUUACAAGAGUUGUAUGCCAAUGGACAUGCAGAUAAUAGCAAUGAGGAACCUUCAUUUAAUGUGACUUUCCAAAGUUGCAUUACAACUUGUACUAUUGUUACAUAAAAUAGAUUAUUAAUUGUUUUGAACAGUGCUUUGCUAAGAGAAAAACAUUCAACAAAUUAAAAUGUGCUAAAUAAUGUUUUAUACUGGAAGAACAUUUAAUUAAUAAUGACUAGUGAACAGAACGUUAAUUAAUUAUCAUAAAUUGUCAUGUGCAUCAUAUCACAUGAUGUUGUGUGAAAUUGUGGACUUUAUUUCAAAUUUGUGGACUAAAUUAAUGAAAUAUAGUAAUUUUAUAACUAGAGAAAUCUGUGGUGAGAGGAGUUGAUCCUUUUUGUUAAGGACUCGUGAAUUUAUUGGGUAUAAUGAUAAAAAGUAACAUUGUACACUGAUAGUGUAGUGUUCUAACGAAGCCCUGAAGAUCAGUGUGAAAAUAAUCCCAGAAAUAGUUUGUACUAAUUGGGAAGAAAACUUGUACAAUUUUUAUAAAUACAAGAAAAUAAAAUGUAAUCACAUGGAUGUACAAUGGACAUUUUAUAUACAGUUUUUUAAUCAUACAGAAUUUCUCUCGUACAUGUUUUUUUUUUAUACAUUAAGUGGAUAUCCCAAUUUACUUUAGUCUAAUUUUGAAAAACAUUUUUAUAAUAUUGUAAUGCAACGCCACAGUGGUGCUUGCAAUAACACCGUAAAUAACUUUUUAUUGCUUUCAAUUGUUGUAGAAAUGUAUUGAUGGUUGAUUUUAAACAUUUGUAAAUAAUAUGUAUUUUAAUAAAGAAGAAAUAAUAUUUCUAUCAUUAAGUGCAAACGGUGUGACGAGAGAAAAUUGACAAUGAAUGUUUAUGAUUUUAUCCUGUAUCCCUAUGUUAUUGUAGUGCCGAUUCGGUGGUGGAAGCAUGCACUGCAGUGCUUCAAUAUUUUAACUACCCCACCUUUUUUACAUGUGCCUUUUUAUUUCAAAUCAACUGUGUCUAGAAUCAAACUGUAUAUUCAUAUUUUAGUUUAUAUCAAAUAUAAGAUAUAUACUUUUUGUUUUCAAUUUUUUUUUUGUUACAAGUAAUAAGAUGUAUGAUUUUUAUUUUUCUAAUAGUCUUAUAAUUGAAACAAUCUGAUGUUAUAUUAAAGAUACCAUUGCAUGUUAAUUUCUUAGUAAAUUUGCAAUGUUUGUUUACUACAACGAUAAUGUGAACUUGUAUAAAGUUCGAUUGAUACUGGAUUAAACUGUCAUAGACGUU